AAGCCGGAGUGAUCUCGUUUAUCACGGUGCUUCCUGCCUCUCUCUCUUUCGCUCGCAAACAACUCCAUCUUCUAUAUAGCUUUGAUAGAUCUAAUUGCUUUCGUUACACUGUAGAAACUUGACCUAGAUAUGCCUGGAAUGUUAGAUUUGGAAUCGAAAUAUGUUGUGAUGCUUAGGUAGCUCAAAACAAGUUACGGCAAUUAGGGUCAUUGUUGUAACAAGAAGGCUAAUGAUAUGGUCAGAGUUUUAAACUUGUCUUAGCAAUGUUCUUGAGUCCUCUUCUGAUGUUAUUCAGCUUUUUACAGGUUUUCCUUCUUUCAAAGAGGUUAAAGUUCAAUGGUUAAUGCAAUCAAAGGAGUGUUCAUCUCUUGGUUCGUUUCUCAAAGGUUAAAGUUGAUAGUGAACAUGAACAAUUCGAUGCCAUCGUCUCAGAGAUUCAUAAUUCAUGUACUUGAUAGUACUCACUUGUUUGUGCAGCCACAUGUUGAGCAGAUGAUUCGCAGCGCCAUUGCUGAGUUCAGAAAUCAAAACUCUUACGAGAAGCCUACUUAAGACCACAUCACCACCAUGCUUCUUCUUUUCAGAUUCGAAUAAACACUUCAUAAUUAAUAAGAUGGAGAGAGUUUGGCAAGAUUAGACUUACUCAUAUGCUUAUAGUGAAUAUUUGACGAAUUAUAUACUCUGUACCGGGUUUAGAAACAGUCUGUUUUCUCUGGUUAUGUUUGAUUAGGUGGAUAUUCAAAAUGAAAAAAAUUAGCCUUGUGAGAAACUCAUUGGCUAAUCAUGAUCUCACAGCAGAGAAAUAUCUUGCGGAUUCAAAUCCCACUCAUAUUUCUUCUUUACCGAAGUAUAAUCCAUAUCACUUCUGGUGUUCGAAUCUUGUUCACUAAGGUUUUUUUACUGAUUUUUAUAUUUCAGGUUCUGACACUUGGACUUGCCACCGCCACCGAAGAUGGUAAAGAUUUCAUCGGUAAGUCAACUCCAUCUCUCGCAGUUGAGGAGUCCGCCGCCACUGACCUUGCCGGUAAAGAUCUAAUCGAUGGGACUACUCCUAUUCCCAUCUAGCUUUUGAUGAGUUUCUCUUUGCUCUAAGAAGUUGCAGUCUAGCUUUUGAAGUUCUCUACUGUGAUUUUGAGAACAAUAAAUCUGAGAAAGAAAAAGGUAAACAGGUUAUACAUUUAAAGAGUAAAUUUAGGUGUUUUUGUGUAAGUUUCUUCGUGAUUAGAGAUGUACAUCUCAUUUUUAAAGAUUUUUAAUUUGAAUAAUGUGACAAAUCUUAUAUUACUGCUUUCUACCAA